CAUCCUGAUGCUGACGAGGCAGAGGAGAGUCUCUCCAGAUCUGAACACCAGAUGGACAACGCUAGCCCUUCCUCCCUCCCGGAGUCCCCGUGUCGUGCCUCUCCCGGUAGCACCUUACUGCUGGGUAUGAAGAGGUUGUCUGUGCUGCUGGUGGACUGCAGGAAAACAACGGGGCUGAGUGGAACUGUGAGAGGAGGAGAAGAGAAGAAAGGAUCAGAUUUGACACAUCAAAGAGACAGACCAGGCUCAGAGGAACCAGAGCCAGGGACGUCCAAACCAGCAAGACGACACCACUGUUCCCACUGUGGAAAGGGUUGUAACCUCUUAUUGGAGCUGAAACAACAUGAGAGAAUACACACAGGGGAGAAGCCUUACCACUGCUUCCAGUGUGGAAAGAGUUUUAACCUGUUAGGGUCUCUGAAACGACAUGAGAGAACACACACAGGGGAGAAGCCUUACCACUGCUCGCAGUGUGGAAAGCGUUUUAACCAGAAAGUACACAUGAAAGCUCAUGAGAGAAUACACACAGGGGAGAAGCCUUACCACUGCUCCCAGUGUGGAAAGAGUUUUAGCUGGUUAAGGAACCUGAAAGUUCAUGAGAUAAUACACACAGGGGAGAAGCCUUUCCAGUGCUUCCAGUGUGGCAAGUGUUUUAACAAUUUAGGGGCCAUGAAAGCUCAUGAGAGAAUACACACAGGGGAGAAGCCUUACCAAUGCUCCCAGUGUGGAAAGAGUUUUAGCUGGAUAAGGAACCUGAAAGUUCAUGAGAUAAUACACACAGGGGAGAAGCCUUUCCAGUGCUUCCAGUGUGGCAAGUGUUUUAACAAUUUAGGGGCCAUGAAACAACAUGAGAGAAUACACACAGGGGAGAAGCCUUACCACUGUUCCCAAUGUGGAAAGGGUUGUAACCUCUUAUGGGAGCUGAAACAACAUGAGAGAACACACACAGGAGAGAAGCCUUACCGCUGCUCGCAGUGUGGAAAGCGUUUUAACCAGAAAGGACACAUGAAAGUUCAUGAGAGAAUACACACAGGAGAGAAGCCUUACCACUGCUUCCAGUGUGGAAAGAGUUUUAACCUCUUAUGGGAGCUGAAACAACAUGAGAGAACACACACAGGGGAGAGGCCUUACCACUGCUCGCAGUGUGGAAAGAGUUUUAACCAGAAAGGACACAUGAAAGCUCAUGAGAGAACACACACAGGAGAGAAGCCUUACCACUGCUUCCAGUGUGGAAAGAGUUUUAACCUCUUAUGGGAGCUGAAACAACAUAAGAGAACACACACAGGGGAGAGGCCUUACCACUGCUCGCAGUGUGGAAAGAGUUUUAACCAGAAAGGACACAUGAAAGCUCACGAGAGAAUACACACAGGGGAGAAGCCUUACCACUGCUCGCAGUGUGGAAAGAGUUUUAACCAGAAUGGACACAUGAAAGCUCACGAGAGAAUACACACAGGGGAAAAGCCUUUCCAGUGCUUCCAGUGUGGCAAGUGUUUUAACAAUUUAGGGGCCAUGAAACAACAUGAGAGAAUACACACAGGGGAGAAUCCUUACCGCUGCUCCCAGUGUGGAAAGUGUUUCAACUGGUCAGGGGAUCUGAAAAAACAUGAGAGAUUACACACAGGGGAGAAGCCUUACCACUGCUCACAGUGUGGAAAGAGUUUUAAACUGAAAGGACACCUGAAAGCUCACCAGAAAAUUCACACAGGGGAGAAGCCUUACCACUGCUCCCAGUGUGGAAAGAGUUUUAAACUGAAAGGACACCUGAAAGCUCACCAGAAAAUUCACACAGGGGAGAAGCCUUACCACUGCUCCCAGUGUGGAAAGUGUUUCAGCCGGUCAGGUGAUCUGAAGAAACACGAGAGAAUACACACAGGGGAGAAGCCUAACCACUCCUCACAGGACGGGGAUUCUCAGAACCUUCGCCCUGUGCGACUGUUAGACGGGGAUUCUCAGAACCUUCGCCCUGUGCGACUGUUAGACGGGGAUUCUCAGAACCUUCGCCCUGUGCGACUGUUAGACGGAGAUUCUCAGAACCUUCGCCCUGUGCGACUGUUAGACGGGGAUUCUCAGAACCUUCGCCCUGUGCGACUGUUAGACGGGGAUUCUCAGAACCUUCGCCCUGUGCGACUGUUAGACGGGGAUUCUCAGAACCUUCGCCCUGUGCGACUGUUAGACAGGGAUUCUCAGAACCUUCGCCCUGUGCGACUGUUAGACGGGGAUUCUCAGAACCUUCGCCCUGUGCGACUGUUAGACGGGGAUUCUCAGAACCUUUUCCCUGUGCGACUGUUAGACGGGGAUUCUCAGAACCUUCGCCCUGUCCGACUGUUAGACGGGGAUUCUCAGAUCCUUCGCCCUGUUCGUUACGUAGCCCUUCACCAUCACACGGCGUAA